AUACUGAAGGAAGAAAACACAGAAGCCGGAGCAGAAGCAAAGAGCCAAAAGAAAGAAUUCAUGUGGAGAAGUAGAAUGGUGUUCUUGAUGACUUUCACAGAGCUUCCAUUAACCGAAAGCCUUGGGUGACUUUAUUCCUGGCCAAUGUUCAGGACUUUCAGUGAUACAUACCCAUCUACUUAAGUAUAUUAAAAAUAAUUCCCCACCUGACUGAGCUCUGUUUAUUGCAUCCUUUAAUUGUAAAGACUGUCAUAGCUUGACAAACAAGCUGAGUCAGCUGGAAACAUGACAGUAGCAGCAAAAAUUUCAGAGAGCUGUCUCUGUUUUUUAAGUAAAUAAAUAUGUGUGUGUGUAUAUCGGGGAGUGAGAAGAGACAGCAUCAAUAAUACCUUGAAAAUAACUGGCUUACACACCAGAGAAGAGAUGAAACGAGCAAACUACAAGCAUCGAAAUAGUCACAAAGAAGCUUAAGCCAUGUGGGGCAAUAGCAGGCUGGGUCAGAUGAGGGACUUUUUAACUCUUAAGCCGGGUCAGGAACUUCUCCUUCCCCCAUUCCAAUGGAAGCUCUGUUUAAAAAAGGAGGAAAAAAAAAAAAGGAAAAGAAAAAUAAUCUAGGAGAGUUUUUGUGAAAUUGAAUAUAUUGUUUAGCUCACAUGAUAACAUUUCUAUAAUAAAUCAUACUCAGCGUGCUAAUGCGCGAAGAGACUGAACUGAAGACGCUGCAGACUCAGAUAGCAAAAUUAUAAGCCUACUUCAUGAUAAGAACCAACUUCUUCUUAAAACAGGCAAGAAGACAUGAAUCCAAAGAGAAGUCCUCCAAGAAGCACAAAUCUGAAGACCACAAUGACAAAGAACAUUCUUCUGACAAGGGAAGAGAUAGCCUAAAUUCAUCUGAAAAUGGUGAGGAUAGACAUAAACGCAAAGAGAGAAAAUCAUCAAGAGGGAGGAGUCAUUCAAGAUCCAGGUCUCGUGAAAGACGUCAUCGUAGUAGAAGUCGUGAUAGGAAAAAAUCCCGAUCUCGCAGCAGAGAGAGAAAACGACGUAUAAGAUCUCGUUCUAGAUCAAGAUCUAGACACAGACAUAGAAGUAGAAGUAAAAGCAGAACUAGGAGCAGAAGCAGAGAGCGAAAGAAAAGAAUUGAAAAGCCCCGAAGGUUCAGCAGGAGUCAUAGCCGGAGUCCGAGUCCGCCACCUUUUCGGGGACGAAAUACAGCUAUGGAUGCACAGGAAGCAUUAGCCAGAAGACUGGAAAGAGCAAAGAAACUGCAAGAACAGAGAGAGAAAGAAAUGGUUGAAAAACAGAAGCAACAGGAAAUGGCUGCAGCGGCUGCAGCCACUGGAGGUUCUGUUAUUAAUGUUGCCGCUCUUCUGGCAUCGGGAACACAAGUAACUCCUCAAAUAGCAAUGGCAGCUCAAAUGGCAGCACUACAAGCAAAAGCACUAGCAGAGACUGGAAUAGCUGUACCUAGCUAUUAUAACCCAGCAGCAGUGAAUCCAAUGAAAUUUGCUGAGCAAGAGAAAAAGCGGAAGAUGCUUUGGCAAGGCAAAAAGGAAGGGGAUAAAUCACAGUCUGCAGAAAUAUGGGAAAAAUUAAAUUUUGGAAACAAGGACCAAAAUGUCAAAUUCAGAAAGCUCAUGGGCAUUAAGAGUGAGGAUGAAGCUGGCUGUAGUUCCGUUGAUGAGGAGAGUUACAAAACGCUGAAACAACAGGAAGAGGUUUUCAGAAAUCUAGAUGCACAGUAUGAAAUGGCAAGAUCACAGACUCAUACGCAAAGAGGAAUGGGAUUGGGGUUUACGUCUUCAAUGCGAGGAAUGGAUGCAGUUUGAAGAAAAAAAAAAAAGGCAGUUUUAAAGUUUGGGACUAUGGAAGGUUCUUGUUCAAAUGUUGGGUCCUUGUUCACCAAAAAGCUAGCAUUCUAGCUUGCAUGGGUGUUGCAUUGACUUUAAUUUAUUGAAAAAUACAAUUUUUUUGUAAAUAUCAGAUCAGUGAUACUGGUGUUAGUGUUGUAAUCAGGUUAUACCCACUUCCAUUAAACUUGACAGAACUAUAGGAGGACAGUAUUUUUUAGUUAAAGUUCUACUUUUCAAACCAAGCAGCAGAUGGGAUAAACUCAUACAUGGAUAUUUCGUGUCCACUGUCUUGUGUACUUUUGUACUUUAACCUUGUACAGUUAUUUCCAAUUCUUGAAACAUGAAAGAAGCAUUGUGUAGAUGUUAUUUAGCGGUCUGGGCCAAUAGGCACAUAAUCCAGUGCAAAAAAAAAACCCUGGUUAAUAAUAAAGACAUUUUUUUCUCUAA